CCCGCCGGGGCGCGCUGCCCGUAGCUCCGCGCGCGCCGGUACCACACUGGGGAGGGCGCGCGGCGCGAGCGGCGGCCGGAGAGGAGCUCCGGGCGGCGGAGGUGAUGACGGCGGCGGCAUGGAGUUCCCGGAGCACGGCGGGCGGCUGCUGGGCCGCCUGAGGCAGCAGCGCGAGCUGGGCUUCCUGUGCGACUGCACCGUGCUGGUGGGCGACGCGCGCUUCCCGGCCCACCGCGCCGUGCUGGCCGCGUGCAGCGUCUACUUCCAUCUCUUCUAUAGGGACCGGCCCGCGGGCAGCCGCGACACGGUGCGGCUCAACGGCGACAUUGUCACGGCGCCCGCCUUCGGCCGUCUGCUGAACUUCAUGUAUGAGGGCCGCCUGGACUUGCGCAGCCUGCCGGUCGAGGACGUCCUGGCCGCCGCCAGCUACCUGCACAUGUACGACAUCGUCAAGGUCUGCAAGGGCAGGCUCAGGGAGAAGGACCACGCGCUGCAGCCGGAGACGCCCGCCCCUGGAGCAGAGCCGCCUGGCCAGUCCCCAUACUCCCUGCCCACCUGGACGCCAGAGCUCUGCCCAGCUGCCCAGAAGGCCAGGCUCCCCCAGGCUGGGGUCAAAGCAGCCCUCCCUCCACGAGCACUGGGACCUCCUCCCUGGCAGGCCCCAGGAGAGUCAGACCUGGCCCUGGACCUGUCAGUGAAGCCCAGCCCGAGGCCAGAGCUGGUCCACCCACCCUUCGUCCUCCAGACACCCCCCUGCGGCCAGAUGCAGCCAGGGACCCAGCAACUAGUGAAGGACGAGCCGGACUCAGUGUCAGAACGGGAGGACAGCAGCAGCCCUCAGAGCCCCCACAGCCCCCUGCAGCCACCCUGUGUUCCUGCAACUGAGUGCCAGGCAGGGGGCCUGGAGCCGCUGCCUGUCAGCAUGGCGGACAGCGGGCAGCUGGAGCUGGAUGCCCAGCGGGGAGCAAGCAGGGCGGAGCUGGGGCCUGCCGGGCACCUCUGCCUCUGCCCGCUGUGCAGCAGGCUGUUCCCCAGUGCCCACGUGCUGCAGCUGCACCUCAGCGGCCACUUCCGCGAGCGGGAUGGCACCCGGGCCCGGGUCUCGCCCGACGGCGCCGUGCCCACUUGCCCGCUCUGUGGAAAGACCUUCUCCUGCACAUACACGCUGAAGAGGCACGAGCGCACACACUCUGGCGAGAAGCCCUACACAUGUGUGCAGUGCGGCAAGAGCUUCCAGUACUCCCACAACCUGAGCCGCCACGCCGUGGUGCACACCCGUGAGAAGCCGCAUGCCUGCCGCUGGUGUGAGCGCCGUUUCACGCAGUCCGGGGACCUUUACCGCCACGUCCGCAAGUUCCACUGUGGCCUGGUCAAGUCCCUGCUGGUGUGACGCGUCCCUGUGGGGCUGAGGAUGGAAGGGAGGGGCGGGACCUCCCCAGAGGGGCACUGGGAUGGAGAGCAAGGGACUGGGCGCUCAGCCCGGUGGAAGCCCCUGAGGCUGGGCUUGCCCACCAGAAAGAAUCCUCCUGCCCCUGGAACGUGGCCCCGACCCAGUGACCCUGAGGGACACGGGCAGCCCUCCUCCAUGCCUGCUCUCCCACUCUCCAACUCACUCCUGUCCCCAGGCUGUGCCCUCACCUGACGCUGUCUUCCUCUCCGUCCCCUCUUGCCAGUUCCAAGGGGUGUCGGAGGGGCCCACGAGCAUGGGCCCAGGCUUCUCGGGGCAAGGCAGCACAUUUGUCCUCCCUCCGGGGCUUCCCAGACCACCUCACUUGCACACUCAGGGGUCCCCUUCUGAGCCUGGCCCCACGCGUGGUGAAGGAUGCACACGUCGCCGGAGGCCUUGGUGUGAGUCCCUGACGGGGCUUGGACAGAACGGGUCACUCCUGCUGGGGGGCAGCAGCAGCCGUGCGGGGGAGGCCCCGGGCACCGUGAGUGCCAGCAGGGGCCAUCAGCGCACAGCUGGUGUUGCAGAGGGGUGCAGCCCCCCGUGGGGACCCCAGCGUGGCAGGAGCAGAGCCAGCCAGAAGCUGAGUGGCUCCGGAGUUACCAGCCCUGGGGUGGGAGGUGGGUGUCUUGGAGCUUUUGAUCCUGACCGCACUGUAACUCGGAGCAAAGAAAGUCGGGAUUUGGAAAUGAUUCUCUAGAUGCAGAAAGAGCCUCCCCGAGGUUGCCAGAUGUCUGCCUGUGGGCAAUGGGUUGUGCUACUUCCCCGCCUGCACACAGGGUCCAGGGCGCCUCAGGGUCCCCAGGGUGGGCCAAGGGGGCCUGAGAAUGCAGCCAUCUGCCUGGAGUACCACAGGCUACAGCUGGGCCAUGGUGGACCUCACCCUCAGGGUCCUUCUCCUGUUGGGGUCUCUGUGGAGCUGCUGGUCAUUUCCAGAGCGCCGAGCAGGGAGCCAGAGGCUGCUCUCUUUACCAGCAGUAUUGUUCGCAGGCUCUCCCUGCCUUACAGUGGGGUGAGGGUGAAAGUGGCCAUUGUCGAGGAAGGGGACGGGGAGGGCAGGCGGCUGCUUGCCUGGGGUCCCAGCCCCCCUCUUCACCCACAGCCUUGGGAGGCUGGCUCUCCUGGACCCUGCAGGGCUGCCUCACAUGCAGUUGGCUCGGUCACCCUCCUUGCCCGCCUGCUCACUGGGCACAUCCCACUGCUGGAACCUCAGUAGUUGUGGCCAGGGGGUGGGCACAGGGGGGCUGCCCAGCUUCUGCGGGUCCUGCAGGUGGCAGAACCGCUGGGACUCCUGGAUUCCUCAGACCAUGGGGGCUAUUUCUGCUUUAACUGGAAGUGGCACUGAGGACAGAGUCCACCAAGUCUAAGUUAUUAUCUCUCCUCCUGACAACACUUGAUGUCAUAUUUAUUCCUCUGCCCUGUCUGGAGUGAAGGGACCACUGGCCUUUGCAGCAGGUGGACAGACGGCUCGUCUCCCUGCGUGCCUCACUCUCCUGGUGGGCAUGUGGCCAGCCUCAUGGCACAGCGCCUUUUGGUGAUACUCGGGGCUCAGAGGCCCUGGGCUGCCUGCGGACCAGAGAGAGCACUGGGUGAAGGGGACCCCCCACCUCCAGAAGGGCUGCUGGGACCUCAGGCUUGGCACGAUCGGGUGUCCGUGUGUGUGCGUGUGUGUCCAACAUAUGGCAAGGCCCCAGCCAAUUUGGCAGCCGUGGCAGCCGUGCCGCCCAUCCCUGGAGAUGUGGCAGCAGCCCUGGUUUUCCCCAUGGGGUUUCCAUGGGGAAGAAACUUACUUUCCUGGGGCAGGAAGCCCUGAGCUAUCAACACUGGAUUCAUUGUCUUCUGCAAACAGUUACUGUGAAGUUAAUGUAAAGAGAAGUGGUCAGUUUUUAACUUGAUAACCGAUACAAGUCAGAUGAAAUAUAUAUAUAUAUAUUUAAGACACUAACCGUGUGGGGACGUGUAGCAGAGGUAUGUAGAUGUAUUUUGGGCGGAACCUGCUAGGUGGGGUCCUCCCUCCGGGGCCAGCCCAGCCGCCUGCCCCCAGGUCUCCCUCUGCUCUGCCCCGGGGGCUGGCUCCAGGUCACCCUGAGGGCAGUCUUUGGAGCUCGGAGUUUGGCGGGGAGUUUGGCGGGAGGUUGCGUUUGCUCGCACGCACCCGCCCGCUGUGGCAGUUUGGAAAUGAGUGCUGUCUUCCUGUGUUCCCACUGUCGUCCUAAUGAUGCCAGUGGUAAUAAAGCGCACCGCAGCUGGGGAUGGCCGUGGUUCCUCCUGGGGCCGGGAGUGUGCGUGUCUCCAAGUGUGUGCCGCAAGCUCGGGCACUGCUGGGCUGGUGUGGUUGGGGUGGGAGAGGUGAGCCCCUGUUCCAGAUGCCACCACCUGCUGUGCCCUGUCGGGGGUACGGGCCGGGCAGGGCUGUGGACGGGUGGCACAUCCUCUUUCCCCAGGUUGGCCCCCCGUCCUGAUUUGGGAGAGAGGCAUCCCAGGGGAACAGGUUUGUGUUGGGAGGGCAGAGUGCAGGCUGGAACCAGGUGGGAGGCCUCGUGGCUUCUUGCUCUGGUGGAAGGGAGACACUGCUGAGCAGCCACGGGCCCUGGGGCUUGGAUCUGAGGCCUCCCGACCCUGUGCUCCUGGAUUCCGUCCUGUCUUACAGAGGCAACCCCAACUCCCCUAGCUCCCAUCUCCCUUCCCGCCACACCUCAUCUGUACCCCACCUCACUCAGGGGGACUGGGCCCCCAGAGGCCAGGGUUUGGGCAAGAGGAGGGCGGGCUUGGAGGGGCUGUGUCCCUCCUGCCCCCACCCUCACCCAUGGGGCCCUGCCUGAUCUCGGGAGGGUGUCAGGCUGGGCAGGUGACAGGCGGGUGUGGAUGGGCCUCCCAGCACCUGCCCCUUGCGUGGGGGCAUGAAGCUGGUGUCAGCCUGAGCCCUCCGUUGUGUUGUGCCUUCCUCACUAGGCCUGGGACAGAUGGACAGACCGCCUCAUGUGUGUCCCAAGCCUCAUCCUCACCAGAGCUCCAUCCAAGGCGAGGAGGGACCCAGGCAAACCCCCAGGGGCAGGACAGUGGGGGGGUAUGCCUGCCGAGGGGUCCCCAGAGGUUGGCCUAGCAGAGAUGUGCUGGAAGGGCUGCUGGUUCUUGAGCCAACCUUUGAGGCCUUCCCAAUCCUGACCCCAAAAGCAAGUCCUUGCUUCUGGGAGGUGGGACCUGGCACCUCCCCUCCCCCAGCCC